UCGGUACGCCGCUUUCAACCACCAUGGCCUCCGUUUUGCCAUCCCGCCUCGCGGCGGUCACAAGGCUGCGAUGCAGCAUCUUCCAGACGGCGUACAACCCACUGUCCGUCCGUACAGGCGCCAAAUAUCUCCGCGCCCGUCUGCGCGGUCCCUCCAUGAUGAACUACUAUCCGGAAGUAAUAGCCGUUCCGAACAUCAAAAAGGAGUAUCCAGACUGGGAGAUCUUGGACCUGGCGGAGCAGCAGAGGUUGGAAGAUGUAGAGGACAGAAAGAGCAGAGGGAAGGGUACGCCGAGGAAAGCAAAGAACAAGGGUGCGUCUACCAGUGUCUCGCCGCGUAGGCGCAAGCUCAGCCACUCGUUUUUCAGACGAGUCUCGCAGGACGAAGCGGAGACGCUAGGUGCUUACAGCUGGGCAGCAGUUGGGCUUCUUGCUUUACGUCUACUCUUCAUGUGUCGUUGCCUCAGCUUGCAUGCGGUGCUCCUCUACAUUGUCCUGUCUUCACGUCACCAAUACCAAUCCUUUCGAGGUGGCCACUCUCUGCACAUCCAUCUUGUGUCGACUCUCUUGCACAACUGUGGGCCGACUUUGAUGGCUGUGUUGCCCCCGCAUUCUCAAAAUACACCCUGGCUCACAAUGGCACGUCGAAAUAUCAGGGUGGUCCAUCCCUGACCCAUGCGUCC